AGAGAAGACCGAGACCCUGGUGGCAUCUGGCGAUCACCUUAACACAGUUGACUAGAGUACAGCAGGAUGACGCCUGCGCAGUGGGUCCAAAGCCUCACCGCAGAGUGGACAGUCGACUGUCGGAGGGAAAGGCCGCUAGGUGGCAAAGCAAACAAGUACCGCGAGAUUUCGAGGACCCGGAUAAUCCCGCCCCCAGAGCAAAGCCGGAAGAAGGCGGGACGAACCGGAAGAAGGUGAAAUGCUUUGGGUAGGCACUCCAUGGCUGUGAAGAUGGCGGCGGCUGCGUGGCUUCAGGUGUUGCCUGCCAUUCUUCUGCUUCUAGGGUCUCAUCCAUCCCCAUUAUCGCUUUUCGGUGCAGGACCGGCACCCGUGGCUGCUGCCGACAGGUCCAAGUGGCACAUUCCGAUGCCAUCGGGGAAAAAUUAUUUUAGUUUUGGAAAGAUCCUCUUCAGAAAUACCACUAUCUUCCUGAAAUUUGAUGGAGAACCUUGUGAUCUGUCUUUGAAUAUAACCUGGUAUCUGAAAAGUGCUGAUUGUUACAAUGAAAUCUAUAACUUCAAGGCAGAAGAAGUGGAGACAUAUUUGGACAAACUUAAGGAAAAAAGAGGCUUAUCUGGGAAAUAUCAAACAUCAUCAAAAUUGUUCCAGAACUGCAGUGAACUCUUUAAAACACAGAGCUUUUCUGGGGAGUUUAUGCAUCGGCUGCCUCUUUUAGGAGAAAAACAGGAGGCCAAAGAGAAUGGAACAAAUCUUACCUUUAUUGGAGACAAAACUGCAAUGCAUGAACCAUUGCAAACUUGGCAAGAUGCACCAUACAUUUUUAUUGUACAUAUUGGCAUUUCAUCCUCAAAGGAGUCAUCAAAAGAAAAUUCACUAAGUAAUCUUUUUACCAUGACUGUUGAAGUGAAAGGUCCCUAUGAAUACCUCACACUUGAAGACUAUCCCUUGAUGAUUUUCUUCAUGGUGAUGUGUAUUGUAUAUGUCCUCUUUGGUGUUCUGUGGCUGGCAUGGUCUGCCUGCUACUGGAGAGAUCUCUUAAGAAUUCAGUUUUGGAUUGGUGCUGUCAUCUUCCUGGGAAUGCUUGAGAAAGCAGUCUUCUAUGCAGAAUUUCAGAAUAUCCGAUACAAAGGAGAAUCUGUCCAAGGUGCCCUGAUCCUUGCAGAGCUGCUUUCAGCAGUGAAGCGCUCACUGGCUCGAACCCUGGUCAUCAUAGUCAGUCUGGGAUAUGGCAUAGUCAAACCGCGUCUUGGAGUCACUCUUCACAAGGUUGUGGUAGCAGGAGCCCUCUAUCUUUUGUUCUCUGGCAUGGAAGGGGUCCUCAGAGUUACUGGGGCCCAGACUGAUCUUGCUUCCUUGGCCUUUAUCCCCUUGGCUUUCCUAGACACUGCCCUGUGCUGGUGGAUAUUUAUUAGCCUGACUCAAACAAUGAAGCUAUUAAAACUUCGGAGGAACAUUGUAAAACUCUCUUUGUACCGACAUUUCACCAACACGCUUAUCUUGGCAGUGGCAGCAUCUAUUGUGUUUAUCAUCUGGACAACCAUGAAGUUCAGGAUAGUGACGUGUCAGUCGGACUGGCGGGAGCUAUGGGUGGAUGAUGCCAUCUGGCGGUUGCUGUUCUCCAUGAUCCUCUUUGUCAUCAUGGUUCUCUGGCGACCAUCUGCAAACAACCAGAGGUUUGCCUUUUCACCAUUGUCUGAGGAAGAAGAGGAGGAUGAACAGAAGGAACCUAUGCUGAAAGAAAGCUUUGAGGGAAUGAAAAUGAGAAGUACUAAACAAGAGCCCAAUGGAAAUAGUAAAAUAAACAAAGUGCAGGAAGAUGAUUUGAAGUGGGUAGAAGAGAAUGUUCCUUCUUCAGUGACAGAUGUAGCACUUCCAGCCCUUCUGGAUUCAGAUGAGGAACGAAUGAUCACACACUUUGAAAGGUCCAAAAUGGAGUAAAGAAUGGGAAGAUUUGCAGCUGAAGAUGGCUAUUAUCAGGGAAGAGAUCAGCUUCUGUGUCAGUCUUCUACACUGUUCCCUGGGAUUAAAGGAGGCAAUGACAUCCUGAUCUGUUCCUUGAUCUUGGGGCAUUGGAGCUGGCGAGAGGUGUCAGAAAAAAGAGAUUAUCUUAUUGAAAACAAGUUCAUAGGAUGAGAAAAAUCUACAAGCUUCUUAUUUACAACAUUGAUGCCCCUUUCCCUCCCAGAUCCUGAUAUGGAUGUUCAUGCAACUUAUGUGUGUUGUUCCUGAACUUUCUAUAAUAUUUCAUUUGUUUAAUCUGUUGAACUAAAAAGUUUAACAUCUUCUAAAGGACUGUGUCAUCAACAUCAUAAUAUGUAAUCUCCAGGAGCAACUGCUUGUAAUUUUUAUUUAUUUAGGGAGUUACAUAGGUGAUGGGGGAAAUUGUUAAUUAUUUUUCAUUUUCCUGGGAAGACAAGAUUACAUCUUGCCAAGUUAGUUUUGAGGAAAAAAGGGCCCUUCUGAGUUAAGGAGCCAUGGUUCUAUCAAUGAUCAGAAAAGAAAAAGAGAGAAACUGUUACAAUGUGAUUCAGAUCAUUUAAGAAAGCAAAAUCAAGUGCAAUUUUGUUUACAAAUGGUAUAUAUUAAAGAUUUUUCUAUUUCAGAUGUACUUUAAAGAGAAAUAUUAGCUUAACUCUUUUGACAUCUGCUAUUGUGACACAUCCCAUUGCUGGCAAUGUGGUGCACACUCCGAGACUUUUAACUACUGUUUUGUAAGCCUUCAAGGGUGUCAUUGCAGGCUCCUAGGCAAUGUCUUGUUUGCCUUCAUGCCAUUCACUGGGUGUUGCACUGAUGCAGAGAAGUGCUCUAUUUAAGUGCUGUAGGUGAGCACCCUGCUAGAACGACAAAUGCUUCAGAAGAGGGAACUUCUACAAAAGAAACAGGACCUACUGGCUUAAUUUACAUAGUUAUUCCUGCAUGAAGUAAUGUGGAAGCCCUGGACUGCUGCUCGCUCCUUAGGAUGGACUGUUCUGGUAUUUGGUGUUGGUUUAGAGAUUGUUUAUAAGGGACAUCACAAGGUGAUGGGAUUCAUUUGAAGCACUCUAUUUCUGUUUUAAUGAUUUUAUCCAGUUUUGCCUUCCCAAGAUUUUUGUUCUACAUAAAAAGUUCAUGCCACUUUUUAAUAUAAAAAAUGUUAACAAAAUUAA